CAGAUGAUCCCAAAACCAACACGCUCCAAGUCCCAGACCCAUCCUGCUCUGAUGAAACAGACAACUGUCCAAUCAUCUCCCUCUGAUAUGGGUCAUAUGAGGCCAGCUGUGCAGAAAUCAGCUAGUGUUGGUUACUGUCCCGAUUUUCUAGAUCACGACAUAGAUGCAAUUAUAGAGCACCUGACUUUGCAACCCCCUCCCAGUAGCAAUGGGCAAGAUCACGAACUAAAUGGUGAAGAUGCACUAGGAAACAGUUGGAAUGGUUCAGUUCAGGCAAAUGGGGGAGAUGGGUUUGAAUUUGAAAAUAAGCAGCUCAGUAAAACUAUAGACUAAGGGUCACUAGGAAUGGAUGAGGAAUACAGUAGUCUUGUAAUCCCACCUCCACCGGAUGAGUCAUUUAGUUUACAGGACAUUGAUAUUGUGCCUGCUCCUGUUGAUUGUGUGCAAGAAAAGAGAAAGACGUUCCAGAAACGGGAUUCAGAGGUGUAUUUAAAAAAAACUUUGGAAAGAAAGGUAUUAAGGGGCCAGCAUUAAAGUCUUCUGAGGAGGGUAGUGAUUCGGACAAAGAUAAUGUAGUGCCAAAACAGAACAGUUAGACAGAUGCUGGUAAAGAUAAGAAUGAAAAUGUGA